CGACUUCGUGUGUGUAAAACAUUUGUUUGCCUCGUUGUUUACUCGUAAAAGUUGAUAAGUCGAUUGAAAGUGUUGUUGAAGGCAAACUCCAUAAAUAAAUCCAUUCACACACAUACAACUGAAACAAGCGUUACGGUGUUCAUUAUUCAAAAAAAAAAUGCAAACGGUAUUUGAGUUAGGUCGCGUCCCGUAUGUGGCAGCCGAUCCCAUUAAACAGCAAAGUUUUUCAGAGCAAAUUGUAUUUGUAAUUUUAGUGCUCUAUGACCUAAUCAAAGUGCUAGUGUUGAGUGCACCGAAUUGUUUAAUUUCCAUCUACCAUUGCGUAAUUGGUAAACCGAAGAAAUGCGUUAGAGGACAGACCGUUUUGAUUACUGGUGCUGGUAAUGGGAUAGGUAGAGCUUUAGCAUUGAGAUUCGCUUCCGAAGGAUGUAAAAUUGCCAUAGCCGAUAUUGAAUGGGACGCUGCAGUGGCGACAGCCAAAAUUUUGCAAGCGAAAAAUGUCGUUGCAAAGGCCUAUCACAUGGACGUAUCCGAUGUUAACCAAUUGAAGCAAUUGAAGUGCGAUAUUGAGAAGGACAUCGGACCAGUUGACAUUUUAGUGAACAAUGCUGGUGUAUUGCCACUGCUGUCGUUGCGUGAGGGGAGUGAUAUUGAAAUCGAACGUAUCGUCAAAGUAAACAUUACGUCACAGUUUUUUGCUACAAGGACAUUUUUACCCGGAAUGAUUUCGAGAGGACGUGGACAUAUUGUGGGAAUUUCAUCGAUUUGUGCCGUUCAUCCCAUGCCCGGAACAGUAAUUUACUCUGCAACGAAAUUCGCUGUAAAUGGUUUCAUUCAAGCCCUCCACGAAGAACUUCGUCAAGAAGGAAAUGAUUUCAUCAAACUAACAUCAGUGCUACCGUACUUUGUAUCAACUCGAAGAGAUCUGAUGGAAGCUGUGUGUCUCCGCUUUCGCGUUCUUUCGGCAGAAGAAGUGGCUGCAGUGGCCGUCGAUUCGGUGCUGCGAAAUGAACUCGUCGUAUCGGUACCGAAGUUUAAUUGGUGGCUGAGUGCGAUCGUGAAUCUAUUGUCGCUGUCGAAUCAAGGUCUGAUUCGUGAUCAUUUGCUUCGGGAAAGGGACAGUAGGAAAAUCUUUUACAAAGAGAAGAAAAGUAGCACGUUGAUGAAUGGUUGAACAUUGUUUGCCUAUGGAUUUACUUUUUUAUUGGGUUUUGUUAUGGAAAUAAAGAAAAAUGUAAAAA